AUGGCAACGGAUGCAUCAUUAUCUGGUUAUGGUAUCACAACUUUAUCAGAGGGGUCGGUGAAGGAGUCUUUCGGUGAUUACUGGGGGGAGGGGGAUGACCGCCCAAUUCACGUUAAAGAGGCAGAUGCCUUGUUGAAGGGUCUCCAAUCUCUUAGUGGUUCUAUUCGGGAUAAAAGAGUGGAUGUACUAGUUGACAACACUGCAGUAGUUUAUUCUUGGAAGAAUGAGGGUUCCAGGGACAGUUCUCUGAAUGCUCUUUUAAAACGGGUCUUUGAACUCACGGUUAGUUUGAAUAUUGAUCUAUGCCUGGAAUAUGUGCCAUCAGCUGAUAAUCCAGCGGAUCGUCCUUCUAGGCGUCUCUCCAGACAAGAUAGCAUGCUUUCACAAGUUCUCUGGACGUCUGUUGAAAGAGAAUUUGGGCCUCAUACUGUUGAUCUUAUGGCAUCACCUGCUAAUGUUAUGAAGGGGAUGGACGGAGUUCCUUUGAAAUUUUUUUCCCGUUUUCCUGCACCUGGUUCGGCGGGUUUGAAUGUUUUUUCCCGUGAUAUUUCCAAUGAGGCCAACCCAUAUGUCUUUCCCCCCAUUUGCCUUGUUCUGCCUUUGCUGAAUCUUUUCUCUGAACAGAAGAUUAAAGCAAUUACCAUGGUUGUUCCAUUACUGUCACCAGCGCUGAUCUGGUGGCCUCUGCUGUCAAGACAUAUUGUGCACAUGGUCCAUUUGGCCCGGAAAGGGGAUGUGGGGAUGAUAUAUGUUCCAACCAAAAAGGGAUUAGUAAGGGACAUAUAUGGUCUUGACUGGGACCUUGUUUGUCUGAGACUGUCAUUUCGUUAGGUUAAUAUAAGGCUUUAUCCUUUCAGGAGGUCAUGAAUGAUAUUAAUGCCAGGCUGUCUUAUUUGGAUGACACUCAGGAGAUGUUGGCCUAUUCUCAAAAGCGUUCCUCCAUUAGGGAUGAUUUCAAAAGAUUUUUGAAACAAUUGCCGCAUUCCCCCGUAAUUGGAGAUGGUACUCCGGAGGAUAUUCGAAAAUUCCUGGUUUUUAAGGACUCAUGUGGUAAGACACAGGUUCAUGUUCUAUUGUGUCCAAAUAUGGGAAAGACUGGUUUACAACGUUGUCUUUGUCCGAGGAGGUUGGCUUCAGGGACAGUUGCUGGAAUUAUACAACAUCUAAAGAGCAUUUACGAAUUUAUUGGGAAGGGUAGGAUUUGGUUCCCUCAUGACAAUACGGGUAAUCCUGCAUGUGCUCCAGAGGUCAGAUUGUUCCUCAAGGCUAUCAAGGAGGAGCAGGCUUCUAGCCAUGUUCUGCCAAAACAAUCGAAACCUUUGUUUGUUAGAAAGCUUAGGCUACUCUCCAUAUUUAUCCGUAGCUGUCUUGAUGACCUGAGUAUUUCCUCUAGGGACAGAUUUAUAUUUGCUCGUGACCAGGCAUUCUUUAAGAUUCAGUUUUUUGGGGGUGAUAGGGCUGGUGAUUUGACCCUUACUAAAUUGCAAGAGGUCAAACAAUUGCCGGGGGAUGAUGGGGUUUUGCUUUCUCAUUCCUUUGGAAAAACAUUAAGGGGUGAUAGGAAGGUUAAUUGUUUCGCAUUGAAACCUUGUGAGGAUCAUGUCAUCUGCCCUGUUCGGAGGUUGCAACUUUAUUUUUCGACAAUGAAAGGCUUGGGUGUUUUUCGAGACACAGGGUACCUUUUCAGGACCAUUACUGAACGUGAAGUGGUUUCGCUGGAUCAUGUCAGUUAUUCGGCAAUUUAUGACAGACUGAAGUAUUACUUGAGAUCUUUAUCAAUGGAUGAGGGGGAAACGCCGCACAGUAUUCGAGGGGGGUGUGCCAUUUCUUACAUGUUGUCAGGUGCGGCAGCAACACCUUCAGAUGUCAUGAAACAUGUGGGUUGGUUUACGGAGAAAGUUCAGAGAGAUAUACAAGAGCAAAUAUAUUAACAGAUUUAGGCGUUGUUUCGGGUUCUUUUUCCAACCAUUUAGGUAGCGCUUCAGCUUCUGAUAUAGAGUCUAAAUUUAAGAAAUAUGGGGAUGUUUCUAGUUUUGAUAGCUAUCAGUGAUGUAUAUAUGUUAUUUAAUAAACUCAUUUUCUUGAUAUACUCUGCCAUGAAUGGUAGGUGCCUGUUUUAUUAUGUAAAGUGUUUUUCACUGACUGUUCAUGAUUGUGCCAUGCUACUUUUCAAGAAAUAUACGUCAUACUAUUUCUUUAUUUCAA